AUGGCCGUCGACUAUGCGUCUGGUUUGUCUGAUUAUCCACAUAAAGGAAAGUGUGGAGCGCCAGAGCUUUUUGACUCAGAAGAAGAACUCGAGAGAAAAAUAGUUGAAUUAACAAAGUUAAUCAAGGAAUCGAAGCACAUGGUGUUUCACACGGGAGCCGGGAUAAGCACUUCCUGUGGGAUACCAGACUUCCGUGGUCCAAAGGGCGUCUGGACCUUGGAGGCUAAAGGAGAAAAACCGACUUUCGAUGUGACCUUCAAGAGUGCAGAGCCAAGUUUGACACAUAUGGCAAUUGUUGAGCUAGAGAGGGAAGACUAUCUGAAGUUUGUUGUUAGUCAGAAUGUUGAUGGCUUGCAUUUGAAAUCAGGUUUUCCCAGAUCAAAGCUGGCAGAACUGCACGGAAACAUGUUUGUAGAACAAUGUGAUAAUUGUGGAAGGCAAUAUCUGUUUGGGGAUCCUGUCAAGACUCUUGGUUUAAAACGAACCGGGAAUUUUUGUUUGAAGGGUGGAAAGAGAGGAAAAUGCAGGGGUAAACUUCGUGACACAAUAUUAGACUGGGAGGAUUCUCUUCCAAAUGAUGAUCUGGCUGCAUCUGAACAUCAUUCAAGACAAGCAGAUUUAUCCGUGUGUCUUGGAACUUCAUUGCAAAUCAACCCGAGCGGUAAUCUUCCGGCUCAAACCGUGAAACAUGGCGGGAAACUUGUCAUCAUUAACUUGCAAAAAACUAAACACGACAAAAAAGCGUGUUUGGUUAUCCACGGAUAUGUAGACAAGGUUAUGGAAGGUGUAGCAAGACAUUUAAACAUGAUAAUUCCACAGUUUGUCCCGAUUUCGCCGUUCAAAGACACGGGCGCACCUCCCGUGUUGCAAGCCCCUGUCAAAUACGAACACAAAAACACUGGUGUAUUGAAAAAAGAGGGCGGUCUUCUCAGAAAAGAUACUAAAAAGUUUUCGGAGAAUUUGAAUGCUUUUGAAUCGGGCGAAUCUAAAAAAACACCCGAUUGGCAAAAAAAAUCGAGUGAAAAUAAAGAGCGUGAAUGUGAAGAGGAAAAAUCCGGUGUCAAUCCAGUUAAACGCGAACGAUCUGAGCUGAACUUCGAAGAUCAACUGGAUGUUAGUUCUUCUUGCGAUUCUAGUUUUAUUGAAAGAAGUUGGGACCAGGGUAGUGCUGAUAUAGUUGGGAAAAAGGAAUUAAAGGGUGAUUGUGGAAGAUCAGAUUUGACCUCGAGUGAGAGUGGUCAAGAUGAAGAAGCGAGGUCAAAAAAUACAUCUGAUCUCCGAAACACGGAGAAUGCCUGCAGCUCUGGUUUAGAUUGUAUCCAAUCAGGGGAUUCUGCUACGAAUCUGGAGCACGAACAAUCGAAUAUCAACGAGAGUUUGAUAGUAAAGAACGAGGAUCCAAGAUCAUCUUUGCUUGAUCCGAGUGCAACACAUUUUCCCUCAAAACAUCUCGAAGUUCCACUGAAGAAAACGAAGUAUAACCAGGACGCAGGUGUUUAAACGCAUAUGCACGUCUAGACAAUGUACAUAUAUUCAUACGACAAAGCUAUUGUGUUGUAAAACGCGUGUGAUUUCGCCGCCUGAAAUUGCGCAAAGUAAUAUUUACACAGGCGUCCUUGUGUAUGAUAAUUCGCAUAUUUUACCCUCGCAUUAAACAUUUUAUUCUAAAUUAUCUUUUGAAGAAAUGAUAUUGUCUAUAACUGCGUAUUUUUUUAACCGAUUAAAACUGAUAAUUAUUGUGA